AUGCAUACUUCUGUCCUCAUCUCAACCCUCCUCGGCGCUGGCGCCCUUGCUUUCCCUCAACACAAGCAUGCACACCUCCACGAGAAGAAAGACGUCGUCUUCUACUCCCAGUGGCAAGAAGGUCCUCACACUCUUGUCCAAGAGUUCAUCAACGAGAACAAGGUGGUUGGGACCGCACCUCCUCUUGCUCCAACCUCCGCCGCCGCCGUUCAGGUCAAGGCAGAUUACGCCUUUCCUCAGGGAGGUCAUUACUCUUGGGCAGGCGAGGCAGGACAGCUGCAUGAGCGCCCUUCGUUCCCUAUGACAAGUGCGGCCGCUGUUCCCGAAGCUCCUUCCCCAGUCAUCGCAUCGCCCGUCGUCUCCUCCACUCCACCCGCCCCCAUAGUCAUACAGGCCAACCCAGUCGACUCACCCCCCGCCUCAUCUUCCUCCUCCGCCCCCAAAUCCUCAGGCAGCACCAGCGGCGCCUGCAACCCCACCGAUGGGGACGCAUGGUACUCACCUCCCUGCACUGGAUCCUCCGGCGCCUCAGCCCUCGACAAAAUGAGCAAUCUGCGUAAGACAUGGAACGACACCCUCACUGACUACGCAUGGAGUCCCGGCCUCGCCCAAAACGCCCACAACACGGCCUGGCUCAGCACCACCUGGACCGCCGGCGUUGACUCGAACGGCAACCCCACCGAGACCCCCGACGGCGAAGGCCGAGGCUGGGUCAUGGGCCAUCACUUGUUCAACGGCAGCGACGGACAGUGUAUCGCCGAAGGCAACAACACGGAAUCGGUCGGGGACCUCACGCCCAUCGAAGCCAUGUUUUUGAUGUGGAUCUGUGAAAGGCCGAACGCAGCCAUCCAGGACAUGUGCACUGCGAUCAACAGCACCGGCGGUGACGCUGACUGCUGGUGUGAUUUGUUAACCGAUCCGAGUUGUCCCUGUGGCCAUGCGAUGAUCAUCAUAGACCCGGGUACGAAUAGCCUCGGGUGCUACUUCAUGGAUGCGGUGGCGGCGGCGGAUAAGGCGGAUAACGCAGUGAAUGACAUUGAAAAGGCGAAGGAGUUGGGGUCGCCGGGGAAUGGCGCCCCGGGGAUGUUGACUUGUGAUUUCUCUACGUGA